AUGUCCAUGAUGAUGAUCAGCGACUUCUUCAAUUCUCUGAGCUUCCAGGAAGUGCUUGAAGUGGUGGACACUGAGAACGGCCUUGAUGGCAUGAGGCAGGCUAUGGGAGCAGCUCCAUCCGCCGACUGUCCUUCGGAGGCAUCUGAGAUCGGCGAGAGUGGCGGUGCCCUGCUUGAUGAGUGCUGGGAACGAGUGUCUCACUUUCUUCCCGCUCAAGAUUCUGGGAGACUCUGGGCCACCCGUAGCCUCCGACACAGGCCCUGGCUCGGAUCUUGGACAUGCCGCGGGAGAGGCGCUGGGCGUUGCGCUACGAGGAACCUUUGUCUGCAGAGCAGUGGGUGGAAUAUGGUGUAG